CCCGGCCAGUCGCGCGCCCCCGAGGCCCGCCCGCGACCUCCGCGCCACACCGCGACACCGCAUCGGCCGAGCCGCGCUUCCGCCUCACGCCGCCAUACCGCAAACCUGAGAGAGAAACGCCUCGAGGGGCCGCCGAUGUCCGCGCGACCGCCGACCCCCGAGCCGCGGUAGCCGCGCCGAGCCGCGCAGACCCCGGGCCAUGCGAGACCGCGGCGGGCCGAGUGGCGCCGAUCGCUCCCCCGCGCUCCCGUGCACUGCCGCCGUGUUAUUAUGAGGGACGCCGCGGGCGGACCGAAUACGCGGCCGACGAUGACCGAUACGUCGAUUCAGGAGAUAAACGGCAAAGGGCCGAGGAAGAGGAAAAAGUCUCUGGAGCUCAUCUGUGAUACCGAUGGGAAGGGCGAAGCGAGGGAGGCGGCCGCGGCAGCCGAGCCAGCGGGCGGUGAUGUCGGCGGCGCGGCCGAGCGCGUGCAGCUGCUGCAUUGGCGCGACAUGCCCAAGCACCUGCAGUUCAACCCCUACGUGCUGACUGGCUACCGCCCACUGCAGAGCUGGGGUGGCUGCGUCCGCAGCCUCUUCUACUUCCACAAUGAGACCAUCAACAUCUUGACGCACGGAGUAUCCCUGGUGUACAUCCUGGCGGUGAUGCCGGGCUUACUGCCGUGGGGCGGCGGCGGCGGGGGCGGCGGCGCGUGGUUCCUCUCGCUGUGCCACCUGCUGGGGGCGCUCGCGCCGUGGCUCGGCUCCUUCCUCUAUCACCUGUUCAUGAACCACACGCGCGGCGCCAGCCUCUACCACCGCCUGCUGCAGCUGGACAUGCUCGGCAUCUGGGUCAGCCAGAGCAUCGGUGCCAUUCCCAUGGUGACGGCGACGGUGUACUGCGCGCCCGCGCCCCUUCGGUACUCCGCGCUCGCAGUCUACUGCCUCGGCAGCCUGCUGGGUUUGUACAAGGCGAUGCGUGCGUGGUCGCCGUGGGAGCGUCGUCUGUGCUUCGCGGCGCCGUUCUGCAUGCGGCUGCUGCUGGCCGGCGCCCGCGCAGCACGGCUCGGCGGCGGGGACCCGCACGCCAUACUACACGUCUUCUUACAGGACGCGGUGUCACUCGGCGGCGGCGUGAUCGGCGCGCUGCACAUCCCGGAGAAGUGGUUCCCGGGCGCCGUCGACCGCUGCCUCAACUCGCACAACAUCAUGCACGUGCUCGUCGUGCUCGCCGUGUACUCCAUGCACCAGGUGACGACGCGCGACAUAGCGUGGAUGUCGCGCGUGGACUGCCGCGCACCGCUGCGCCAGCUCUGACGCCCGCCGCUGCACCCCGAAUAGUUCUACUACUGUACAUAAACAUACACCACGCAAUAAUUAACAAACCUGUAAACUAGGGUACUUACACUAGUAUUCGAUAAUUCCGACAGCGAAGUUAAAAAUUUAAAAAAUGUAUAGAAUUUGACGUAAUGCGUUGCGAAGUGCUUGCGUUCUCGUAUGUCAAAUUUUAUACAUUUUUGAUUUCCUCCUUCGCUGUCGAAAUUAUCGAUUGUAAGUUGUCUAAAUACUCCGAUUUAAAUAACGACAUCAGAGGCGAAUCUACAUCAGUUUCUGUCCGGGUAGUAUUAGCUCAAAUAUUUACAUGUUUAUUUAGUAAAUAAAGUUUUAAAAUCCUAAACUAGAUAAAUACAAGUUACAACUGUACCUCCACUCCAAACUUUUACUCGACCUACUUAAGAACUACGAUUUUCUUUUAACUGAAACUUUUGGAACUUUCUACUUUUCAUCUUGAACUAUUGAAGGAACUAAAUUAUACUAUUUCGAUCGCAAUUAUUAAUAUAUAUAUAUAUACGGUAUUGAAUAAAGGCCAUAGAGUUAAGUAAAGCGACCGUGGCCUGGCGGAGACCAAAUAUUUAUGUAAUGUUUAGCUUGUCAUUUGUGAACUCAUUAAUGGUUUAUACCUAAUGAUUAAUGAUAUAGCAGAAAAUUAAAUAUUACUAAUAUAACAUAAUAACAUUUCAGUAUUAUUUGAAAAAUAAGUUAAUGUUUAAAGAAUUAAGACGCUUUACAGAACAAACCACGCAAUAAACUAAGUUUAGUAGUUAUAGCAAACCAAUGCAAUGAAAAUAUUUAAUUUAUGCUCAAGCUAAGUUCGUUCAUUUCAAAGGCGAAAAUAUGUCUACUCUACUUUACCCACCUUUUGAAUAUUUUCUGUAGACAGUAGAUAUAUUUUUUUCU